CGUUCUUAAUUAUUUUCACGAAGCUGAAGAAAGCUUUGGGUGUGUGUAUAUUUUUCGCAUCUUAUUGCGAAUCGUAAAAUCGAUUUUUGAUCCAAUUUUGCGGUAUUAUCCGCUAGCAGACCCGGUCAAGUUUCGUUCUUCCAAACAUGGGUCGCUCGAGAUCCCGCAGCCGGUCGCCCAAAAAGCACAAAAGCAAGCACCGCAAGAGGAGCAAAUCUCGCUCUUCCUCGUCGCAUCAUCACCGUAGCAGUUACGAUAAAUACAGAGAGCGCAGCUCAAAAUCCAGGAAACGAUCACUGUCCGAAUCCUCCGACAGUAGCAGCGAUGCAUCAAACAGUGGAUCCCGGCAUCAUCAUAAAAAGAGCUCCCGCAGCCGGAAGCUUACCGAGGUCGAACGUUUAGCGGAGAUGGAACGCCAGAGAAGACAGAAGGAAGCAGAACAGAAGAUGAUCGAAGAGGAAGCAGCCAAACGGAUAGAGCUGCUAGUCAAAAAACGUGUCGAGGAAGAGCUCGAAAAACGAAAAGACGAAAUCGAGCUGGAAGUGCAGCGGCGCGUUGAAGCUGCCAAAAAGCAGAUGGAACAGGAGAUGAUGCUCGAGCUAGAAAAGCGAAGGGAGCAGGCACGGGAAGAGGAACGACGGCGUGAGGAGGAAGAGCUUAAAAAGCGCCAGGAACUCGAGAAUAUUCUCGCUGAGAAUAAUCGCAAAAUAGAGGAGGCUCAGAGAAAGUUGGCCGAAGAUCGUCUUGCGAUUAUUGAAGAGCAAAGAAAGAUGGAUGAAGAGCGCCAAAAGAUGCGUAAAGAGCAAGAGAAACGCAUCAAAGAAGAACAAAAGAUGAUCCUGGGCAAGAACAAUUCGAGGCCAAAGCUUUCGUUCUCGCUGAAACCGGGUGUGUCGUAAAAGAGGUGGCAACA